AUGUCUAAUGAAGAACAUAUCAUUUUAAAUGUCGGUGGAAUAAAGUAUGAGACUUUUAGGUCUACAUUAAUGCGAUUUCCUAACACACUUUUAGGGAAGAUGUUUCAUCAACAAAAUCGUUCCUUUCUUCGCCCAACAAAUGGGAAUGAAUAUUUCCUCGACAGAAAUGGAUACGCGUUUCGUUAUAUCCUUGAAUACUAUCGAACUGGCGUAAUUAUUUGGCCUGAAUACCCUUCCGCUUUUGUGUCUAGAGAAGAAUUGACUAUUGAAUUUUUCUAUUUUGAGAUAUCAGUUCCUCAACAACGAUAG